GACGCGCCGUAACGUCAUUGAAUGACAAGAGACAACAGGGCCCCCUAGUGGAUUAAUACUCGCCACUGAAGCGAGAAGCGAUUGGGCUGAGCGCUGCUGAGACAAGACAAAAAACUCUUAUUUCCCACUGGAGUGAAACCACUAGGCGCAUUUUAAAAGUCGUUGUCGUGUCAUUUUUCAAAGUUUUGUGGAGUGUGCCAUUGGUGAGAGUCCGACUUGGGACGCCAACGAGAAGCUGCGCACUACUUUUUCCCUCCCAGUAGUGUCAUCCUUUUUUUUUAACCGACCAGAGGUUUGACUAUGACCCGUGUCCCGGUGCUCUUUUUGUUCUUGUUGUAUCUCACAGCUGUGCGUGGGACCACAGAGGAUGGCGGCUACGAUGACGUUGCCCAGGAAGAUGACGAUCUUCCAGACUACACCAAACUUCAUUGGUGUCGUUCUCCACGUCUCGUCAAUGGGGAGAUAACCUGCCACUCCCCACGAGGCCGAGCGUAUCGGACCACCCAGGGCACCCGCUGCAACAUGAGCUGCGACCGAGGCUAUCGCCUGAUUGGCCGGAGCUCCAUCCAGUGUCUCGCCAACCGCCGCUGGUCGGGGACCGCCGUCUGCCGCAAGAUGCGAUGCAGCGUGUUGCCCCUCAUUCCGCACGGCAGCUACACAUGCACUCAGGGCUUCGUGGUGGACUCCAGGUGUGACUUCACCUGCACCCCCGGCCAUCGCAUCGAAGGGGAGCACACCCGCACGUGUCAGCACGGGGGGACGUGGAGUGGGGCACAGCCCAUUUGCUCAGAUACAGAACCUCCCAAAAUAAGGUGUCCGCUAUCCAGAAUCAGGGUUGCACAACCUGGAAAACUGACUGCCAGAGUGACUUGGGAUGCACCAGUUGCCACGGACACGGCUGAUAAAAUGCUUGAUGUGAUCCUAGUGGGCCAGGAGCCCGGCAGUGAAUUUAAAGAGGGACCCAAUAUUAUUCGCUACAAAGUCUACGAUCAAGCCAGAAACCGAGCCGCCUGCAAGUUUAUUGUCCGUGUUGAAGUGAGAAGAUGCCCUUCACUGUCUCCACCUUUUCACGGUUCCCUCACCUGCUCAUCCGAUGUCACCAACCACGGCGCCGUGUGCGAAUACCACUGCGACGGCGGUUAUGAGCGCAGGGGCGUGUCCAGUCGGGUUUGCCAAUUCGACCGCAAUUGGAGUGAUGGGCCUGCGGAGUGCGUUCCGAUGGAGAUUGAGUCAGAUGUGAAAAGCGCGUCGGCUCUGCUACGUCAAUUUUUCGAAAAGAGGCGACUUCUCAUCCUGUCUGCGCCCGACAUCGCCGACCCGGAGUACCAGCUGCAGAAUAUCAUGAUACAAAAAGCAGACUGCGGCUUACAACUUCGCCACGUGACGCUGAUCGAGUUGCUGGGCUCACCGCCGAAUGGGACGGGACGCAUCAAGGACAACAACUUGACCUCGGUAGUCGUUGAGGAAUUGAGGCUCACAUUCCGAAUCUCCGGGCAAUACUUCAGCAUGGUGCUGGUGGACAAGCUCGGGCUGGAUCGGGAGCGGUUCAUCAGCCCCAUAUCGUCGGAGGAACUCUUUUCCUACAUUGACAGCUUCUUGCUGGACGAAGAGGAGAGGGAGAAGCUGGAGCUCCACCACGAUUUCUGCGAGUCAUAAAAUAAAAUUUUAAAAAAAGUGGCCGAGUGACAAGCCCAUGGGGUCACAUUAUGAUCAGGCCCCAGAAAGCCCGGAUGGACUCAGGAGGAAAGUUACAUUUCGCGCUUUCCAUGCUGUUGAUAGCGCCAGAGUCUACUUGACAAAAUAGAACACAAUACACAUUAACAUAGAUACUUUUUUCUUUCAAUAAAAGUACUAGUAACACACUACAUUUACAUUCACUAAAGCACCGAAGCUUUCAAAGUGACUACAUUACAUUAAACUUGGUCAGCAAUUUAAUCUCUACUUGAUGAGCCUAUCGCGUUGGUUCAUUACAACAAAAGUUAAGACCAUUUCGUGUCAGAAUUUGCCUCACUUUAUUUUAUUAACUCUUGUUUAAAUUGACAUUGUUGAGCAAGAGUCUAAUUUGCACAUUCCCAUUUUUCCCUAGUUGACAUUUGAUGAAAAAAUAAAAUCCAAAGUUACUCGGGACUUUUGUAGUUUUCUUCUUUAGAUAAUUACUUGCAUUAGAGCAAGUAAUUAUUUUGACGACUGCAUUUUACCUUCACUUGUCAUAUUUUAAAGCAAAAGUAGUCGAGUACAUUUUGUUGCUAUGCCUGAGGUGAAUGUUUUUCAUGCAAUAUUACACCGAAGUAAAACAGCUACUCGUAAUGCGGAGUUCAGAGGAGAUACUAUGGAGCCAAAUGAAACGAUCCAUAAUGGUUUGUCAUCAUUUAUUGGCUGAACAUUAUAGUAACAAUAGAAAUUUAAAAAGUCACAUACAUAUGCAACAAAGAUUCAAUAAACCUACAACUGCGUUUGAUAAUGAUAAUAAACAGCAAUACCUAUGUAAAAUAUUCAAAAAGCACAGGUUACAUAUGACAAUAUUGCUUUGACACCAUUUAUAUGCCGUGCAGCUACUGUUACAAACAAUACAAGUGUGCAAGUGUUCUUAAAAUAACCACAAAUUGAGUAUGCAUUGGCACAUUAGUCAUCAAAAAA